UAGGCGCUCUUUGCGUCAAAAAGCAGAUUUACGUUUCGUUUUGAUAGAUUUUAUUAUAUAUAUAUUUUUUUAAAAUGAAUGAUUUUACUGAUUUUUAUUGUGAAGAAGCCAUUGGGAUAUUAAAAUGUCUUUUAAUUGUAGCAUUCAAUCGAGCACAUCAAAGAACCAUUGUUAUAUGUUUAACAAGUUUUACUUUUCUCAUCAUAAACAUGGUUAUAAUCAACGAAUAUAUUUAUCGAGUGGUGGGUAGUUUCGAUGCCUUUCUCACAGCGCUGUACUUAACGUUCAUACUUCUCCUCUUAUACGUUACUCAAAUAAUGAGAUUGUUGGUGAAAAAGUAUUUUGUUCCUCCUGACUCUGAUAAUCCAGGAUCCGUCGUGAUACUCCUCUUGGGAUUGUCUCAAACUUUUGUGCUGUGGUUUUUCCCGAACUUGUUGCUGGAAUUCGUAUCCAAGCUUUCAGAAGAGCAUAACAACAAACUGAAACAAUUUCAAGCAAAACAAGACUCAAACUAAUUAUCCAGGAAAUAGUCAAUUGUCGCGUUUUGACGUUUGUUUUCAAAAACCAUUUUUGAAAAUAAGAUUUUAACCAAAAAAUAAUCUAUAUAUUUAGAGUAGUUUUAUACCAACAUCAUUGUCUAAAUUUCAACCCUUUUUUUUUUAGUUUUAAUAAA